AAGCUGUGCAUUAUAAAGUCUGCUUUCGCGGCUACUUCCUUUGAAAAGUAACAUGUGAACAGUGGGUUAGAGUACUAAGACCUCGUACCUUAUAAAUCAUGGAUUUGCUGCUGUUGCGUCAGUGCUUCGCCUUCAAAGCUUAGACUCGUAAGCCCAAUUAUCAGUUUGUCUUGAAAUUCCUCAAAAUUCUCGGUACCCUACUCAAAAUAGAAGCCAGCCAUGUGUUCCCUGUCUAAGAGUACAACUACAAGCAGUUGUAGUGAUGAUGAUGCCGCAGGUGGUGAGCUCAGGAGAGGUCCCUGGACUGUUGAAGAAGAUUCUCUUCUUGUUCAUUACAUUGCUGCUCAUGGUGAAGGCCGAUGGAACUUGCUAGCGAAACGUUCAGGAUUGAAUAGAACUGGCAAGAGUUGUAGAUUGAGAUGGCUCAACUAUCUUAAACCGGAUGUUAAACGAGGAAAUCUUAGUCCAGAGGAACAGCUCUUGAUUCUUGAGCUUCAUUCCAAGUGGGGCAACAGGUGGUCAAAGAUUGCACAACAUCUUCCGGGAAGAACAGAUAAUGAAAUCAAGAACUACUGGAGAACAAGAGUACAAAAGCAGGCCCGCCAUCUGAAGAUAGACUCCAACAGCAGUGAGUUUCAAGAACUAGUUCGCCGUGUCUGGAUUCCUCGGUUGCUUCAAAAGGUACAAGGAAAUAUUGCAUAUUGGGACUCAUCAGAACAUGACAAUUUAGCUGAAAUUCAGGCAGCAGUUAGCAAUUCAAUGGCAGCAAAACAACCGCAACAGGUACCAUACAGUUUCCCGGAUAGUCAUCAGAGAAACAUGAUUAGCAGCAGCCCAUCAAGCAUGUCUUCAUCAGAAUCCACGAAUAUCUCUCCGGUCCCUCAAUUUUCCGAAUACAUAGAAAAUCCCUUUUAUGACAUGGCUCCCAACAAUUCCUAUGGUCAUUCUCAAAAUGAAUGUUACAAUGUUGACAGCACUAGUUAUCAAGAUAUGGAAAACUUGAGCUCAGCAGCACCUGUUACAGCGAUGGGCGGCUCUACAGGGCCAGCUGGUGAUAACUACUGUGCACAAAACAAUUGGCUGAGUGACGAUGAUCUGGGAUAUUGCUUGUGGAAUAUGGAUGAUCUCUGCAAUUGA